AUUGCCAGAAAGACGGGUCUGUGGCGGUCAAUGAGCUGCACUUGCGCUAUUAGAUUUUUUUUUUUCUUUUUUUUGGGGGUAAUGAGAUACAUAUCUUUAGCUUUAGGAUAUAUGCUUCUUUCAGAUUUCACUCCCCAACAACCACAGAUCCAAUCUAAUAUCUUAACAUUCACCUUCCAUGCCAUUUCCAUCCAGAAGCUUCAAGACAAAACAGAGCAUGUACAAGAGAAAGAGGGGCUUGGCUUUGGUAGAUUUUUCUUCUUUUCUCUCCUCUCCAUAAAAAGGUUUUCAUUGAUAGAAACAUCAAAGUUCGAGUUGUGUUCACAGUGUUCAAGCUUUGUCUGUCCACAAAUGAAAAAUGAUAAUGUUCAAAGCUAAGUAUAAUGGGAAGGUCCAACCAAAUCCCCCACUAAAAAGACUCCAAAGGAAUAGCAGCAGCCCUUGGUGACAAGCCAACACACAAUGCACCCAGCCUUUUAUUAUCCUUAAAGAAACAAUUCCAAAUGCUACCUUCCACCUCUCUUUGGAUUUUGCUCCUGACUUUUACCCCUUCACAUGGCCACAUAUCUCUGCCUUGUUAGACUUUGCAGCUCAGCUGCCUUUGUCUAUUCCAACUUUUAGUCAUACAGAAUCAAAUAGCCGGAAUGAAUGAAUUAAAAUAAUCACCUCAAGUCCUAGCUAUGUCCUACAUAUAUGAGCAUAUGCAUGUGAGCUCUUCUUAAAGUGCACUUGCAUCAAUCCCAUAGAGGUUCCUCGUCAUCUUCCAAUGAGUGGAGAUAGAUUGAUCCAAUGAUCAUUCAUCCGCUCAUUGCUCUUCUGCAAGAAUGGUUCAGAUAGUUGGGGAGAGCCAAGGAGAUGAGGCAGGAGAAAGAGACGGAUGUUGCCUGAAUCAAGGCAGAUCAAUGCAGCUAUGCCUUAUGUGCCAUCCAGAUUGCUUUUCCACCCUGAACUCAUGCUUCAGUCAGAGCUGCCUCUUCAGUGUACACUCAAAAGAGAAGCCAAUAUGCAGAGCAGGAAUACCCAGGUUCAGGCCAUUCAGACUCCAAUAUUGGAGAAUUUAUGGUCCAGAGACACUGUCAUAUGCACAACUGACUAUGAUGAUAUCUCAUAUGUUGAUACAUCACUUCAUCUGUGAAAAAGUUUUACAAUGUUAGUCUAUCUAGUA